GUGGUGGAUCUGACCCAAAUGAUAGAGCCGGACUUGAAGAGUUCGAUUAAGAGGCGAUUGAAUGCACAAGUUAAGGAGAAUGUGAUAGACGAUGACGUCACGAUUAUAGAUACAAAGCCCGAGGUGAUAGCGUUGAGCAGCGACAGUGAAGAUGAUGAUUUGAAGAUAGUCAAGUCCCCCACGAUCAAGAAGUCGCCGAAAAAGGAGAAAUCUGAAGAGCCCAAGAAGAAAUUGGGCAGCGACAUAAAGCAAUACCUCGUGCCGCCCAGCUAUCCCAACCAAGUGGUAUAUGUUAAGAAGCAUGUGCGGGAAAAUGAGUUGAACAAGUUGAACGGGCUAAAGGAAGACCUGCAGGGGGUCAAGUUGCUUCUGGACACCAUGGAUCUGGACACGUUGCCCGAUGGCGGAGUGAAGCUGAUCGAGCGGCUCACAGUGCUGGAGGCAGAGGUUCGGAAUCAGGGUGACAAGGUGGCCAACAUGGUGGUGGAACCGGAUGAUCCAACCCCAGCGGACAUAGCUAAGGAUGGCUUCGAUAAAAGUGAGAAGGGUCUCUCGUGGGACGACAUCCAGAAAGUUAGCAAUGCGGUGCAGCCAAGAAUGUUUGGCAAGCAGGCGAUGGCAACCCACAUGGCGGAGCGCAACAUGAUCCUGGACCGCUUGCGCGACCUGUACGAGUCGCUGGCGUCGCGCCCGUCCGAGGAGACGCACGCGCCGCAGCCGCGCGCCGUGCGCACGCCGCUCAUGCCGCACCAGCGGCACGCGCUCGCCUGGCUGCUGUGGCGCGAGACGCAGCGGCCCAGCGGGGGCAUCCUGGCGGACGACAUGGGUUUGGGAAAGACGAUCACUAUGAUUUCCCUUAUGGCGUUUGACAAAGAGAAGAAUUUGGACGAAGAUGAUAGUGAUGAAGAGGAUAGGGGCAAGUCUAGAGCGAUCCGCGGCGGCACGCUGGUGGUGUGCCCCGCGUCGCUGAUGGCGCAGUGGGCGGGCGAGGUGAGCAAGCACUGCGCGCCGCACGCGCUGUCCGUCUGCCUGCACCACGGCGCCAACCGCGCUGCGCAGGCGCACCGCCUGGCGCAGCACGACCUCGUGCUCACCACGUACAACAUCCUGCAGCGGGAAAGCGAGAAGGGCGGCGUGCUGACGCGCGUGGCGUGGCGGCGCGCCGUGCUGGACGAGGCGCACGCGGUGCGCAACCACAAGGCGCAGACGUCGCUGGCCGUGGCGGGGCUGCGCGCGCGCCGCCGCUGGGCGCUCACGGGCACGCCGCUGCACAACAAGGACCUCGACCUCUUCGCGCUGCUCAAGUUCCUCAAGUGCACGCCGUUCGACGAGCUCACGAUGUGGAAGAAGUGGAUCGACAACAAGAGCAUGGGCGGGCAGGAGCGGCUGAGCACGAUCAUGCGCUGCGUGAUGCUGCGCCGCACCAAGCAGCAGCUGCAGCAGCGCGGCCAGCUCGCCUGCCUGCCGCCGCGUUCCGUGCACCAGCGGGACGUCACCCUCACCAGCGAUGAGAUGAACGUCUACCAGAAGGUCCUGGUGUUCUCGAAGACACUAUUCGCGCAGUUCCUCCACCAACGUGCGGAAAAAGCGGACGGCGCGCUGCAUCCGCCGCCCAACACGGACACCGCGUACGCUAAGAUGCACAAGAAGAUGAUCGCUUUGCAAGGCGCCAAACCGGUGAAGUCCCACGAGAUCCUGGUGCUGCUGCUGCGGCUGCGGCAGGUGUGCUGCCACUGCGGGUUGAUCGCCGCCAUGCUGGACCAGGACCAGGGCGACGACGUGGACCUGCAGCCAGAUCCCGCCGGACAGGACCUGCUGGCUGAGCUCAAUAAGCUCUCGCUCGAAGAUUCCAGGGAGAAGCGAAAGAGCGGAAGCAAAAAGAAUAAGGAUGAAGAAGAGGAAGAGGAGGAGGGAGUAGGAGGGGAGGGGACGACAGCGGCGGAGGCGAUUCGCUCGGUGCUAUCGCCGAACAACCCCGUGUUCCGGCUCGACAAGCGCUCCUCCAAGAUACAGGCUGUUAUGGACUGUCUGCUAAAUGAGAUAUUGCCCAAUAAAGGUGAGAAAGCGGUUGUGGUCUCUCAAUGGACCUCCGUGCUGAAUCUGGUGGAGCAGGAGUUGAAGAAGGCGCGCGUGGAGACCGUGACCCUCAACGGGUCCGUGUCGGUGCCCGCACGGGCCCCGCUCAUUGACGCCCUCAACGACCCCAAUGGAAAAGUUAGGGUGAUGCUGCUGUCGCUGUGCGCGGGCGGCGUGGGGCUGAACCUGUGCGGCGCCAACCACCUGCUGCUGCUGGACCCGCACUGGAACCCGCAGCUGGAGGAGCAGGCGCGCGACCGAGUGUACCGCGUGGGGCAGACCCGCCACGUGCACGUCUACAAGUUCAUGUGCGUGGACACAGUUGAGCAGUCCAUCCGCAAGCUGCAGCAAGCCAAGCUGGAGCUGGCUGAGAACGUGCUGACUGGCGCACGGCACGCCGCCUCGAAGCUCUCCAUCGAGGACCUCAAGCUUUUGUUUAAUAUGGGCCCGCAGAACUAGAUGGCUGAAGGGAAGGCUGGCAAAGUGCUGUGCGAGGUGCCUGGCAUCUGGUUGGAUACUGCCUUACCAAUUGAUCAUAAAUUUUAUGUAAGAGUCGAGUUUUAGUCAUUUAUUGUUAUAAGAGUUCUCAAUUAGUUUUUACGGGUCAGAAUAAUUAUGAGAUAAUAGACAGGAUUCAAACUAAAUAGAAGUUUAUUUCCAUAUAGAAAAAGUAAGUUGUUGAUAAUCAAAAUUUAAUUGGAAAAUUUAAUAUUAUGGUGUAAAUAUAACAAUUGUAUUUAAUUCCUUAUGAUGCUCUGUAUUUUAAGAAACUGUUAAUCUUUAUCUAUAAAAGACUUUAGACUCUCCAGUUCAGUAUGAUAAGAGCGCGAAAUAAAGUAGGUAUAAAGCCUGCCACAUAUAUUAUAAUAAAUAAAU